AUGCUUCUCUGCUUUUUCAGGGAUGAAUCUCCGGGAAGUCAGCUCGUCACUGACAAGUUUCACAUUGACUGGGAUUCCGUGCUUAUAAACACAGACAACGUGAUUGUGGCACGAUUCGAUGGCCGUGGCAGUGGCUUUCAAGGACUUAAGAUCUUGCAGCAGGUUCACCGAGGACUUGGAUCUGUGGAAGUAAAGGACCAAAUAUCUGCUGUAGAGUGGCUGCUGAGAGAACCCUACAUUGACACCAGCAGACUGAGUAUUUUCGGGAAGGGAUAUGGCGGUUACAUUGCAUCCAUGAUCUUAAAAGCCAAUGAAAGACUGUUCAGAUGUGGAGCCUUAAUCGCCCCGAUCACUGACAUGAGGCUAUAUGCUUCGGCCUUCUCAGAGCGGUACUUGGGGAUGCCAUCUGCCGAAGACAACACCUAUCAGGCCUCCAGCGUCCUGCACAACAUUCAUGGUUUCAGGGUGAAACACCUGCUCCUGGUUCAUGGGAUGGCGGACGCAAAAGUCCAUUUCCAGCAUUCAGCGGAACUGAUCAAACAGCUGAUCAAGGUCGGGGUGAACCACACGGUGCAGAUUUAUCCUGAUGAAGGUCACAAUAUCCUGUCUGACAAGAAUCGUUUUCAUCUGUACAGCACAUUGCUUCGCUUCUUCAGUGACUGCUCGCAGGGAGAGGCUGUUGUGGUGGCACAGGAGGUGGAGGAGGAUGAAUGAAGAUGAGCUCAGGACUUGUUCUUCUUAUUCACUGGUGUCCUGGCAGACACUGGGCCUGUAGCCCUGCACACAGAGGAGUUUCUACCUGCGGGGGAUGUACAGGGGAUGGUUCUUUCCACAUGAACCUCGUUUUGGAUACAAUUAGAGUAGUGCAUGUUUUCUUCGGUUUCUUUACUAGACUUUGUCCUAUUGUUUCUAUUCCCGUCUCUGAAUCCGCUGGAUCUCAUCAUCUGUCACUAAACAAGUGCAAUUUCUUCAGGUUUUUCCUCCUUUCUUCCUUCUGACAGAUUUGGUCCUCCAGUACUUUUGCAAAAUCCUGACUCUUUCUUCUGGUCCAGAGGGGCAGUGCUUAGAGGAUUUUUGCGAUCUCCCUUUCUAUUUAUACUUCGGACCUAAAGGUACUCUUAUGUUUCAGGCUCUGUUGGACAGGAAGUCCAUGAUACAUAGCGGAUUUGCAGUGAAGACGAAGAGAGUGUUUUUUUUUUGUCUGAUUGGUUUAAUAUCUGAUUUGCUUUACUUUAAUAUGUAAAUUUCUCACUUGUAUAUAUGAAUACAUCAAUAUUAAAUUAUGGUUUCCU